UUAAUAACAAACACCUGUCAAAUAGAUAACCUCAAAUUUUUUCACAUAUAAGCGUUAAAAUGCCUGUAGCUCAAUUAGCAGGUAAUACAGAUGAAGGUAGUAGAACCUUUGUUAUUGACGGGGAGGGUCAUACGUUGGGGAAUGCGUUAAGAACGAUUAUUGUAUGCUACCCAGAUGUCGAAUUUUGUGGAUACACCGUUCCACACCCUGCAGAAAAUAAAAUCAACUUUCGAAUACAAAUGAUGACUGGGAAAGGAAAAGCUAUUGAUGCUUUAAAACGUGGGUUAGCUGAUUUAGCCACAGUGUGUGAUGUGAUGUUACAAAAAUUCGAUAAUGAUUUAGAAUCUUACAAAGAACAUUAUAAGGUGUAAUUUAGUGGUAAUAAAUAAAAAGAUUAUUGAACAAA